AUGCACAGACGCUCGUCUGGCUCCCCGGUCGCGGACGACUCUGACGAUUCUCCCGUGCGCUUCUCCGACGAUCAUGGGAAUGGCCCCGGCCCCGGCAAUGCUAUUGAUCCUUCCAACGAUAAAUCGCGGUCGCAGAUAGCCCGUCACGGCACCAGUUUCGAUCUUCGCCGUGACAACGGCCGCUCGACGCCGCGCUCGCGGAACUCGAGCCUGUGGCGCACCCCGUCUACUCAACCUUCCAACGAUACGAAAACCAUGCCAUUGGGCUCGCCGCGGCUUCCGAUGGAGGCCCCAUCCCCGGAUGGCCGCCGUGCGCGUCAGUCGAGCCUGCGCAGCCCGUGGUCCUGCUCGAUCCUGACGGGCUUGACCACCUUGUUCGCCGUGGCGUUCUUGUUCUUCACUGUGCGGUCGUUUACGAGUCGUCAGAUCGGUGGAGAGGGAUGUGGUGUGCCUAUGAUGAGUCCGACGUUUAUUCGGAUGCUGGAGUUUGAUACGGAGCAUACGCGGUUCGCGAGCAAGUACAACCUGUUUCUAUAUCGGGAGGAAGGCGUGGAUCCGUACACCCAGGACAAUAUUGGGUUGAACGGCGUCCCCGUACUCUUUCUCCCCGGAAAUGCUGGCAGCUACCGGCAGGUCCGGUCUCUGGCGGCAGAGGCCUCGAGACACUAUUAUGAUGUGGUUCGACAUGACGAGGAGCGACACGCUGCCGGAACACGCAGUCUGGACUUUUUCAUGGUGGAUUUCAAUGAGGAUAUGGCAGCCUUCCAUGGACAGACCUUGUUGGAUCAGGCAGAAUACGUGAACGAGGCAAUCUCCUACAUUCUCUCGCUGUAUCACGACCCUCGCCGAACUCGCCGAGAUUCCAGCCUUCCCGACCCGAGCGCGGUGAUCUUGAUCGGACACUCCAUGGGCGGUAUUGUGGCCCGCACUGUACUGACCAUGGCGAAUUACCAGGCGAACUCGGUCAAUUCGAUCAUCACCAUGUCGGCACCGCACGCGAAACCCCCCGUCUCGUUCGACUCGGAUAUUGUUCAUACCUAUAAGCAGAUCAACGACUACUGGCGGGAGGCAUAUUCACAAACCUGGGCCAACAACAACCCACUUUGGCAUGUCACACUGAUUUCGAUUGCGGGUGGUGCACGGGAUACCGUGGUUCCGUCUGAUUAUACUAGUAUCUCGUCUCUCGUUCCCGAGACGCAUGGGUUCACCGUGUUCACCUCGUCCAUACCGAACGUGUGGAUCGGCAUGGACCAUUUAUCGAUCACCUGGUGCGACCAAUUCCGCAAGGCGAUCAUCAAAUCGCUGUUUGACAUCAUCGACGCUCGACGCCCUUCCCAGACCAAGCCACGGGCAGAGCGUAUGCAGGCUCUUAAGCAGUGGUAUUUGACUGGACUGGAGUCGGUCUCUGAGCGGACGCUCUCUCAAAAGGAGCCGAAUACUCUGUUGACACUCGAGGAUAAUGCCAAUACGAUUCUUGCACAGGGCCAGCGGCUAGUUCUUCGCCAGCUUGGGCAGCAGCAUGGCCCUGAUGUUCGCCUUUUGCCUAUCCCACCGCAGGGCGUCUCCGGCAAAAAGUUUACGCUUCUCACGGAUCAGACCCUGGACAAAACUGGCAACAUUGAGGUGCUCUUCUGCAGCGUGUUCCCGUUGAACAAUGGCCGGUCAGCCAUCUUCUCCAUGAACUUGGACUUCUCAGGCGGUACUGUUGGCUCGACUCGGUUGGCUUGUAAGAGUGCAGCAGAGGAUGUCAUCUAUCUGCCAUCAUCGACGCGGACCUCGAAGAAUGCAUAUGACCGCGUGCCUCCGUUUUCUUACCUACAGUAUGAUCUGGAGAACCUAGCCGAGCAUCAAUUUGUGGCAGUCGUGGACAAGGCCAAUGUUGCCACUUCGGGCUUCUUGGUGGCCGAGUUCUCGGAUAGCUCUGAUUCCAUGAUCCGCGCCAAGGUUGGCUUGGGUAGUUUGCUGAGUGCCGGUCUCAAGAUGCGAUUGCCCGCCAAUCGGCCCAUGCUUACUGAAGUGACGAUCCCAGCGUUGCACUCCAGUCUUCUCAACUACAAGCUGAAAAUUACCCGGCAUCCACAGAAGGCCGAGCUCUUUGCUCCGCUGCUGCGUCAGUCCAUUCCGGAUCCGCACGAGUCCAAGUUCUUUGUGAACGUGAAUGAUGUCAACGUCAACUUGCAUGGUGUUGCGCCGUUCAUGCCGUCUCCUGUUCGUGACUCGGCGUCCUCGGGCGGUGUCUCGUUCCAGCUUUGGACUGACCCCAGCCCUGGUGAGACUGUGGAUAUCUCGCUGAAGAUUGACAUCACCGGUAGUCUGGGCGAGUUGGUGAUGCGGUAUCGUACUGUCUUUGCGGCGUUCCCGCUCCUUGUCGUGGCCCUUGUACUGCGCAAGCAGUUCCAGGUCUACGAUCAGACAGGCUACUUUAUUCCCUUCACCGAUGGUCUUGACCGGGCUCUGCGAUCCUCUCUCCCGCUUUUGCUGGUGGCCAUGUCCCUUCUGGCCACUUCCCUAGCUACCACCAAGGCUCUGCCUCAGUCUGAUGAUCCCUUCCACUGGCGGACCAACUCCACCGAGACACCGCUCGAUUUUACAAAGAACGACUUGUUGCUUGGCUCGCAGGAUGCCUUCUUCUGGUUCCUAGUCCCGGUCUUUGGUCUCAUCAGUGUCGGCGUCUGCGUUUUGGUCAAUUACAUCGCCCUCUUCCUCGUCAACAUCUUCUCUCUGGUUUACGGUGCUAUCAACAGCAAAUCGGGUUACAUUCGCCGCGAGGACAGAGGCAACUUGCCCAUCUUUAGCGCUCCCACCCCUCGCCGUCGCGUUAUUCAUACCGCGAUUCUGCUUCUUCUCGUCUCUACUAUCAUCCCUUACCAGUUCGCCUACAUGGUAGCCUGUAUCGUGCAACUAGCAACCACCGUGCGAAGUCAAUGGCACGCCAAGGAAACCAGAUCAACCUCCCAUCUCAACUUCAGCAACUACGCCCACUCCAUCCUAAUUCUAAUGCUCUGGGUCCUACCAAUCAACGUGCUCGUCCUCCUCGUCUGGGCCCACAACCUAGUCGUCCACUGGUUCAUGCCCUUCUCUUCGCACCACAACGUCCUCUCCGUCAUGCCCUUCCUCCUCCUCGUCGAAACCAUGACCUCGGGCGCUAUGAUCCCCCGCAUCACCACCCGCUUCCGCCACGUAACCUCCAUGCUCUUCUUCGCCAUCGCCAUGUACUCUGCCGUCUACGGCGUGACAUACGCCUACCUGCUGCACCACCUGGCCAACUUGCUGGCGGCAUGGUUCGUCGCCAUUUACCUGGUUGGCAGUGGUUUUUCGCCACUGAGGUUGUGGCGGAUUAUUGAUGGUGAUGAAAUGCCCGAGGAUGGCGGGAGACAUGUUAAGAAGAAACCAUGA